AAGAAAAAGAAAGGUUGACCAAAGUCUGUAAUCGAGAAGAAGGCUGUGGAAGACGGAAGGAGGUUCCUCAAUUGCGUUACGACGCGUGCUCUGUUCUGUCGGUUCCAUUCCAAGAAGCUUCUAUCUUUUCUUCUAUUGCUCGCGUUUAUCCACUUGAUCACACCGCUCGUCUCGUCGCUAGGGCAAAAUUCAAUUCAAAAUCAAAUCAAAUCGAAUCGAUUUGGUGGGAGUGCGAAGAAGAAGAAGAAGAAAUAGAAAUGGCGUUGAAUCCUCAGCUAUUCCCAAACGGAAUGCCCGUUCCUUUUGUGAACGAGAUGUUCGUCUUGGCCAGAGAUGGCGUCGAAUAUGAGGUUGACAAGAUUCAAAGUGCUAAUGGGGGUAAGGUUAAAGCAAAGGGAACAAUCUUCUUGUCAAACAUACGGAUGGUCUUUGUUGGGAAUAAACCUGUUGGGAAUUUUAUUGCUUUUGAUAUGCCCCUGCUUCACAUCCACGAUGAAAAAUUUAACCAACCGAUAUUCUUGUGCAACAAUAUUUCUGGACUUGUGGAGCCCGUCAUCCCAGAUGACCAGCACAGGGCACUGUUCUCAACUCAUGCCUUUAAGAUCCUCUUCAAGGAAGGGGGUUGUGGAACAUUUGUCCCUCUAUUUUUCAACUUGAUCAAGUCAGUGAGGCAGUAUAGUCAACAAUAUGCUUCUAGGGAGGAGCAGCGUGCAGAUCCUUUGCAAGCAGCACAAACUCCAGUGGAUGAAAUGAUGAGACAUGCAUAUGUUGAUCCAAAUGAUCCGACAAGAAUUUUUCUGCAGCAACCCACUUCAGAAUCACAGUUGAGGCGGCGCACCUAUCAUUCCCAGCCAGCGGAACAUUCAAUAUAGUUUCUCUAUAUGCUUUUUUUAUUCCCAGGAAAUAUAGUUCCUGUUCUUAAGACACCAUGUUAAUGCUAUAUAUAUUGGAUUGUAUGUCUUUUCUUUCAACUAGAUGAUAUGCUUGAGGCAACUUUCAAUAUUGUGAAUUAUGUGAAGCAGGACCUUUGUGUGCCGGGUUAUUAGAGGUUUGGGUGAAUAAAAUAACAUCCUCAAAAAUAUCGUUGUAUAAAUGAUCUGUAACAAAAUGGAUUUGAGUGUCAUGUGAUAUUAUAGCCAUCAUUUUUUUUGUUC